AGCAAGGCGUUGAUCUCCAGGCGAGAUAGUAGAGUAUUCCAGUGACUAUGCACUCAAUUCUCAAUCUUCCUGCUGAACACACUUGUACCAACUUGACUUGGUCUGUACCUAAAAGUGCUAUCAAUCUGUGCCUGAGAUCUGACGGUUUUGACAGCUGCGAGAUGAGAUUUGAGAUUUGCAAUUACCACACCACAAAAGGCAUGCAAUGAGGGCUCGAACGUGUGAUGGGCCGUCGCAAGCAUGCAGGCCGAGCUGCGAACGAACGCGACAAGACGAGGCAGAGUAUCACAGCGACGGCACUGACGCACGCAUGUGGCGGUUUGCAAAAGACACAAACGACAGCAGAUUACUUGCGCAUUUCAGGCAUUCGAUGGCUCCCACUCGGAUUCUGCACUUAUUUCUCAGACCUUCGCAUUCUCAAUCUCAAAGGAUGUGCAUUGAUACAAUUGCCAUACAAUUUCGACAUGUUGCAGCAGUUGCAGUACCUUGACGUGAGUGGCAAUCCGAAUCUAGCUCUUCCGGCAUCUCUACUGAAGUGCACUAAGCUACAACGUCUCAUCUGCUCUCCUGCCUUACUCGAGACUCCCUCUAGCUGGCACUUGCCCUGGAUAGAUCUAGAGAAGACUGUUCCACGACUAGGAACGCUUUGCUGCAAGAGCAUCUUACUAGAGUGUGAUAUCGACGACCUCGAUUGGCUCAACGUCCAUCUCCGCCAAGAAGCACUCAUGACACCCCUACACGAGCUUAAACGCUGCUAUGAGUGCAAUACGUUAGGUCAUCUGCCCGCUAGUCGAACCCGUAUUGCUACCGUUGCAUUACGACGCGUGCCUCUGCAUUUUUCAGUUUGCUCUUCCAGAUGCUUACAUCAGCUACAAGCGACAAUGCGGCUUGAGGAUGCCUUGAAUGAGGAGAAACGGACGUUGCGACUCACCAAAUUUGGGCCAGGUGGGUUCUCUGCUAGAUGAACUGCGUAUACGCCUGGUGAUUGGUUCGAUGUCCGAGAUGAGACAAUGACGACAGAUCGUAAUUGAAAUGGACUUUGCGUCAACGGGUUGGAGUUGCACCUUCCUAGCCUGCUGAUGGCCUGUUGGACGCUGCAGCUGGUCGAGGACAUUGCUGGCUGACUCGGGGUGUCCGUCACUGUCGCAUUA